AGAUCAGAGACUCACCUGCAAUGACGACCUCAGGAGGGCCUUUGUGCUGUGGUUUUUCAGCUGAAAGUGCCAACUGUCGUCAUUUCUACCAGCUCCUUCUGGUGGCUCUCUGUCUGCACAACAGCCCACAAUGGUGAGGUCACUGGCCUUCCAUCUGCUCCAACUCCAUGUCUGCCUCACCUUGGUCCAGCUGCUCACGCCCUGCUCAGCUCAGGUUGCUGUGAUUGGACCCCCUGAGCCCAUCCUGGCCAUGGUGGGUGAAGAUGCUGAGCUGCUCUGUCAUUUGUCCCCGAAGAUGAGUGCUGAGACCAUGGAGCUGAUGUGGCGGCGAUCCGGCCUCAGGCAGGUGGUGCAUGCAUAUGCACACGGCAAGGAAGAAACAGAGAUAGCAGAGUAUCGAGGGAGAACGUCAAUUUUAAGAGAGGACAUCGCUGAGGGGAAGGCUGCUCUGCGGAUUCACAAGGUCAGAGCCUCUGACAGUGGAACCUACCAGUGUUAUUUCCAAGAUGAUGAUUUCCUUGCAAAAGCCCAGGUGGAGCUGAAGGUUGCAGCCCUGGGCUCUGAUCUUCACCUUGAAAUGAAUUACAAUGAAGAUGGAUGGAUUCGUGUAGAGUGCACGUCUGCAGGCUGGUAUCCACAGCCCCACGUAGAGUGGAGCGGUGAAGGGGGAGAGAGCUUGCCUGCCAUGGCAGCACCUGGGGCUGCAGAUGGAGAGGGGCCACUGGGAGAAGGAACAUUUUCUGAGCAUCCCUGCCGCCUCCACCUGGGACAGGCGAUGGAGAUGGGCAAAUGCACGAAGCCCUGGCAGGUGGCCUUUGGGGUGACCCUUGUGGCUCUGCUGGGGCUUCUUGCUGGGUUGGUGAUCUCAUGGUGGCAACAGCAGAAGAGAAUCAGGGCCUUGAGCCAGGAGAAGGAGAGGGAGCGAGCUGAGAAAGAAGCAGCGCUGGCGGCGAAGGAGCAUGAGCGAGCUGAGAAAGAAGCAGCAUGGAUGAAGGAGCAGCUGGAGCGAAGCAGCAAAGAGAAUCUGCAGGAGGAGCUCACGACCCCUUCCAUUUCUCCUGCAGGGUGGAGGAAGAAGCAGUACCUGGAGCGUGACAGGUCUCAGGCCUAUGCUGAGUGGAAGAUGGCCCUUUACCAACCUGCGGAUGUGAUUCUGGAUCCCGACACUGCACACCCCAACCUCCUCAUUUCUGACGACCAGAAGAGCCUGAACUAUACAGAUGCAAGGCAGAGCCUGCCAGACAACCCCAGGAGAUUUCAGCAUCAUUUCUGUGUGCUGGGCCGUGAGAGCUUCACAUCAGGGAGACACUUCUGGGAGGUGGAGGUGGGGAACAGGAAACAGUGGAAUUUAGGGGUGUGUAGGGAGAACGUGGAGAGAAAACGUGAUGUUAAAAUGACACCCCAGAAUGGAUUCUGGACAAUAGCACUGUUGGGUGGGCAUGACUUCCAGGCUCGAACGGAUCCCUGGAGCAAACUCACAAUUGCCAACCCUCCUAAAAGAGUGGGGGUUUUCCUGGACUAUGAGAGUGGGGAGGUCUCGUUCUAUGAUGCCAUCAAUGGAUCAUACAUCCACACCUUCUCACAGACUUCCUUCUCUGGGCCUCUGUUGCCUCUUUUCAGGGUUUUCUUAGAGGAGCCCACAGCCUUGACCAUUUGCCCAGCACAAUAAGGAGUGGGGAGCUCCCUUGUGUCUGACCCACUGCCUGACCCUUCCCUGGAGACCCCAGUGGCCUCAGGCUCAGCUGAUGGCAUUGAGGACCCUCAGGCAGAAGAGAGGUCUUUGCUUCCCCCUGCCCAGCCCUGACCAUAG